GGAUCUGAGAGCACAGUCUAGUUAGCCACACUGCGAAAUGAAGCUGAAAAUAAAUACAAGCUCAGCUAAGGCAUCGGGCGAGGUUGAGGAAGAGCCUGUAAGCCCCGAAGCUCAAUACCUCAACAGUUCGGCUCUCUGUGUGAGCAAUCUCGUGGUUUUCGAGUCGGAGAUCCCCAUAGAUGACUCUCAAGCCAUGUUGACAUUGGAGAACCUCUUCUUGCCCAUCAACCCUCGCUUCUCUUCGAUCAUGGUGAAAGAUGAGCACGGGAAUUCAAAAUGGAGGCGGGUUCAAGUGAAACUGGAGGAUCAUAUGAACGUUCCAGUGUUUCCUUCAGGAUUGGAGUUUUAUGAUGAUUAUAUGCAAGAAUACAUAGAGAAAAUUGCGACAGAACGCUUGCCAGAAGAUCAACCUCUAUGGGACACGCAUAUAAUCAAGUAUCCAAUAAAGAAUGCGGCAGGUGCUCUUGUGUUCAAGCUUCAUCAUUCAUUAGGAGAUGGCUUCUCACUUAUGACAGCCCUCUUCAAUUGUGUACAAAGAGCUGAUAAUCCUUCCCUUCCUCUGACUUUCCCCUCAAGUGGAAGCACACAAGCUCGAAACUGGGGAGUUUGUAGGGUUGUAUCCAAUGUUUUCUCUAUGUGCGUUAACACGAUUAAAGACUUCAGUUGGAGUCUCGCGUCGAGUAGCAUGAAAGAUAGCACAACUCCAAUAAGGUCAGGGGAUUCCGGCAUUGAUGAUAGACGGAUUACAUUGUCAACUGUCACGUUUUCGCUCGGUGAUAUUAAGCAGAUAAAGGCCAAUCUAAAAGGGACAGUUAAUGAUGUUAUAACUGGAAUAAUUUUCUACGGCAUCCAACUCUAUUUGCAAGCCGCUGGCCAAGAAACCAAACCUGCAAAGGUGACAGCUCUCGUAUUGCUCAACACAAGGGCAAUCAGAACAUACCAACCACUGAAAGAGAUGGCUCGACGCGAUUCAAAGGUUCCUUGGGGCAACCAUUUCGCCUUUUUGCAUGUCUCGAUCCCUACAAAUAAGGACCCUGAGAAUGCUGAUCCUCUACAUUCAAUACGCCGAGCCAAGAAAAUUAUCAAGGCUAAGAGGAACUCGCUUGGUGUCUAUCUCACUGCUGGAAUUCUGGAAAUUAUGAGGAAGUUUAGAGGACCGGAGGCUGUUUCUAGUAACAUAUACAAAACAUUAACCAACACGAGCCUGACGAUUUCUAAUCUCAUCGGGCCACUGGAAAAGUUGCAGAUUGCUAAUCACCCUUGCAAGAGCUUCUAUUUCAUGGUGGCGCGAUCUCCACAGAGUCUCACAAUUACUGUAGUGAGCUACAUGGGGACUGUAAGGGUUGCAAUAGGAGCAGAGAGAGAAUUCAUAAAUUCUGAGCUUCUUGUGUCUUGUAUGGAAAAGUCAUUUGAUAGGAUUUUCGAAGCAGCAGUUGGCCACAGAACUUGACAUGGGUUAUUCGAACUAAAAGUCAAUUGUUGUUGUCUCUGCUAUGAUGUUAAUCAUGAAAAUGCUACUUAAAAUAUGUAUAUUUCCCCUUAGACUAUUAUUUAAGGGUGAUAAUUCUUGCUUAUUAUCGGAAUCGUAUAGCUGAUCCCAAAAACUUGGGACAAAGGAUUUAUUAUUGUUUUUAUUGUUGUAAUCCUUAUUUUCUUUCUCUGCAAUGGAGAGCUGUAAGUUCCCUCGUACCAUAAAACUUCCUUCAUUUUCAUGAUGCAUUUUAUUGUGGCUAAAUAUCAGAAAACCUGUUAUAAUUCUCAAAGUACACAAAACCCCCUUAAGUUUGGGGUUAUCAGAACAUGCUUUUUAUGUUUAAGGGCAGUGGAGGAGGCAUCGCAGAUGGGAUUCGGGCUAGUUGCGGCGGAGCAGAUGGGAUUCGGGUUAGUUGCCCGCACGUCGAGAUCAGAGCGCGCGAGAUAUCGAGAUCUGCAAUGUCGGCGGUGGAGCCACAGAUGGUGAGACCUGCAGUGGGGCCGUUAGUGGA